AUCACGAUCAGUAUAAAAGAAAGUCUUCUUCGAUCGUACCGAUCCAAUGCUAGUUUGAUAAUCCUGUGAGGAUCGGCACGAUCAGCAUGAUGUGGUUCUUUGUGCGCACAUUCGUUGUGUUCGGCAUGGUAGUGCGGGGUGCUUUGGGACAGUGUGACGCAAGUUCACCGUACCGUACAUUCGAUGGUACUUGCAAUAAUUUACAGAAUCCGUCCUGGGGUUCGGCCAAUAUCCCGUACGGUAGGUUACUAGCAGCAGAGUAUGGAGACGGUGUGUCUACACCUCGUCGUUCACGAACCGGAACCGAGUUACCCAGUGCUAGAUUGCUUUCCUUGACGAUGUUCAACGAGCAGAACAUCCUCGAUCAGCGGACCACCUUGGUAAACAUGCAGUUCGGACAGCUGGUGGCACACGAUAUGGGUUCGAGGGCGGGAGGUGGUGAUACUGUACCUUGCUGCCAAAAUGGACGAGUCGUCCCGAGACCUGACAAGCGCUGUUACCCAAUUCCCGUACAACCGAACGAUCCUGUCCUGUCCGCCGGUCAGAUACAGUGCCUAGAUCUUGUGCGCACUCUCAACACCUGCGACUCUAAUCCAGCAAACUGUGCCAAUCGGCAACAGGCGCAGCAAUUGAAUGCUGCCACCUCGUUCUUAGAUUUGUCUGUCGUGUACGGUAACAGUGCACAGCAAAAUGCUCAGCUGCGUGCAUUUGUCGGUGGUCGCAUGAAGGUGGACAAUCGCAACGGAACCGAUUGGCCCCCGAGACAUCCGCAGGCAAAUACUGCCUGUACGCUAAGCAGUGCCACAGACACCUGCUAUCUGACCGGUGACGAACGUAGCAAUAUUACGCCGGAACUGACAAUCCUACACAUAGCGUUCCUGCGGGAACACAACCGUAUCGCGCAACAGCUGUGCAAAGCUAGACCAUUGUGGAACGAUGAGAAAGUGUUCCAAGAGGCACGGCGCAUCAAUAUUGCACAGUAUCAACACAUCGUGUACUACGAAUGGUUACCAUACUUUCUCGGACCGGAUCAGAUGGCUCAAAGGCGUUUGUUGGUGCGGACGCGUGACUACGUAAACGAUUACUCCCCAUCAGUAAACCCUACUGUGCUGAAUGCUCACGCUAAUGGUGCCUUCCGGUACUUCCAUUCCUCAAUUCUGGGCAGUCUAAGUCUUUACCAGGAAUCGCGAUCAUUUGCCGGUGCGAUCAAUAUUAACGAUCAUAUGUUUAAUCCGACGGUUCUGGAGCGAAACGAUGGCUAUCGGAUGCUGACCCGUGGCAUGACCACACAACCGAUGGGACGUAAUGAUCCGAGCUUUGAUCCCGAGAUUAGACACUUCCUUUUCCGAAGUGGGCGCUUUGGAACCGAUCUGAAAGCAUUAGAUAUCCAGCGGAGUCGAGAUCAUGGAAUAGCGGGCUUCAAUGCCUUCCGACAGUACUGCGGAUUGGGACGGGCCAAUCGUUGGGAGGAUUUCGUUGAACUUCGAGGACCAAGAGACCUUCAACUCCUAAACACGCUCUAUCGAACCGUGGACGAUGUGGAUCUAACCGUGGCCGAGUUCUUCGAACGUCAUCUUCCCGGUACUCAGGCUGGGCCUACGUAUCAUUGCAUUUUGAUGGAGCAGUUCCUUCGCACAAGAAUUGGCGAUCGGUUCUUCUAUGAAAAUGGCAAUAGACCAGGAUCUUUCACGCCACCGCAAUUGAACGAAAUUCGAAAGGCUACCAUGGGGCGUAUAUUGUGCGAUAAUUCACCGGGUGUGUUGCAAAUGCAACUUCGCGCUUUCCAACAGAUAACGAAUGAUAAUCCUUUGGUACCGUGCACGAUGUUACCCGCCUUUGAGCCACGUUUAUGGUAAAAUUAAUGAAUCCGUGCCUGUGCAAGCAUCGAAGUGAUACUGAAGAAAUGCGUUUAAAUAAAUAAAUGUUCUUUAGUUUAAACAAAGAAAACAGAUCUUGUUGGUUUUAUGGAUCUUCAACACAGUUGAGAAAAUUACGCAUUAUAUUCCUAUUUUUUAAAUAACAACUUAGAUACUUGCUGGAUUACUUGUAACAAUGAACAAUGAAGCUCG